UAUCAGGGAGAGGCGGGAAGACACAGAGCUCGAGCACAUUCAGCACAAGAGGCGGGAGAUGAAGUGUUUCCACGAGAGCCAAAGCGCAAACCAGGUGCACCACGCGCUGCACUUUCAAACAGACCAGCGUAACUCGCUAGCUGCUCCCUCUCCGCUGUCCGCUCCUCUAUCAGACCCACGGGACUUCACUGGUUCAUCCCUAACCUGACAGGCUCAGCUCAUCGGACCGGGAGACCGGGCGAACGCAGGAGUAGGGGGACACUGAGCCGGAGUUGGAGGGGGGACAUGCUCGCUCAGCAACCCAGCAUAGUUUCUCCAAGGUGGGCCAAGCUGUGACAGAGGGCCUCUCUCUGGUGAGCCAAUCCGCAACCCUGACCGCUCCAGCAGGCCUCACUCCCAGUCCUAACUACUGUGUGUGCCAGGACCAGGCCACCUCCAGCCCAGGCCAGACCACGUCUACCCCAGGCCAGCCCAGAGUGGGUCAGCCCCAGCCCAACCCACCUCUUCCCCAGCCAAGUAGAGGCCCAGGCCCAGGCUCCAGAAGCAUGGCCUUCACCCUGUCAGAGAUCAUGGCUGCACGGCGGCAGCAGCAGUCCCAGGCCCAGCGGGCGGCAGGCAGGGUGGCCGUGGAGGUGGAUGAAUACAGCACCAACCCCACCCAGGCCUUCACCUUCUACAACAUCAACCAGGGACGCUUCCAGCCCCCGCACGUACACAUGGUGGACCCUCUGCCCCACGACACUCCCAAGCCGCCAGGUUACACCCGUUUUGUGUGUAUCUCAGACACCCACUCCCGUACGGACGCCAUUCAGAUGCCCUAUGGAGACGUGUUCAUCCAUGCUGGAGACUUCACAGAGCUGGGCCUGCCCUCUGAGGUCAAGAAGUUCAAUGAUUGGCUAGGCACCUUGCCCUAUGACAUAAAGAUAGUGAUUGCAGGGAACCAUGAGUUGACCUUUGACCAGGAGUUCAUGGCUGACCUGAUCAAGCAGGACUUCUACUACUUCCCGUCGGCCUCCAAGCUGAAACCAGAGAACUACGAGAACGUCCAGUCCCUGCUCACCAACUGUAUCUACCUUCAGGACUCAGAGGUCACUGUACGAGGCUUCCGUAUCUACGGCUCCCCCUGGCAGCCAUGGUACUAUGGCUGGGGGUUCAACCUGCCAAGAGGUCAGGCUCUGUUGGACAAGUGGAACCAGAUUCCCGACUCCACUGACAUACUGGUCACACACUGCCCCCCACUGGGGUUCCUGGACUGGGUUCCUAAGAAGAUGCAGCGGGUGGGCUGUAUGGAGCUGCUCAACACUGUCCAGAGGAGAGUACAGCCCAAGCUGCACGUGUUCGGACACAUCCACGAAGGUUAUGGUAUGAUGACAGACGGCACCACCACGUUCGUCAACGCCUCGGCCUGCACCGUCAACUUCCAGCCCAUGAACCCGCCCAUCGUCUUCGACCUGCCCAAUCCCACCAGGACCACAUGACUAGAGAAGCCCCGCCCUGCUGAGCCCCCCUCCAAUCAGGAGACAAGUGGUGGGAAGGCAGAUAGGUGAGGGUGGUGGGCAGGUGUGGUGGAGUACUGUAUAUAGUCAAGGCUCUAACGGAUGCUGUGUGUGUGUGUGUGUGUGUGUGUGUGUGUGUGUGUGUGUGUGUGUGUGUGUGUGUGUGUGUGUGUGUGUGUGUGUGUGUGUGUGUGUGUGUGUGUGUGUGUGUGUGUGUGUGUGUGUGUGUGUGUGUGUGUGUGUGUGUGUGUGUGUGUGUGUGUGUGUGUGCGUGUUGGUGUGUGUGGCACAACACACACAAGCCCAAGUCUCUUACAGACGAUGUGUGUGUCUAAAGAAACAGGCGCUGUUGCCAAUCCUCACUUGGCAAAUCCAUCGAUGUUCUUUUAUAUACUGUCAUUCCUUUAUUUCAACAAAAGCUCUUACAAACUCGAAUGUAAGGCAAAAGACAGACCCCAGAUGCCUCAUUUCUCAUAUAGACAUGUCAGCAUUAGUCUGUGAAUUUCCUGUUGCACUUCUACUGCACUGACAAUCUGACCUGGCUGUCAGAUAGAGAAGAGGACAGGGGGAACAGUGUCUCCUGUGUCACUGUUUGGACUCACAGUCUUUCUCUCAGAAGAAGACACUGGAUAACUCUCAUUCUCUCUUGUUCCUCAUAGAGGACUCUGUUAAGCCACCAGUGGAAGUUGCUCAGAGGUGACGUUUUGACAUUGUGACAUUGUGGUCCACCCUUCAUUUGAGACCUUCCCUGAGGAGUGAUUGAACACUUACCAGUAGGGUUUCAGAACAUGAACCCAAUGUCCAUGUUCGACUUUGUGGAGCUGUUUGCCAGCACAGAAAGGAUACCCCUUCCAGUACUCUGAUAUCACACAUCCUGCACUGCAGAUUACAACACUGCUUUCCCCUCAUCCCUUUUUCUCUUGAUCCCUCUUUUCCCCUGCCCCUCUAGUUUCACUCUCUUUCUUUCUCUCUCUCUCUCUCUUUCUCUCUCUCUCUCUCUCUCUCUCUCUCUCUCUCUCUCUCUCUCUCUCUCUCUCUCUCUCUCUCUCUC